CCUGCCUGUUGGUCCACUUGUCGUGUGAGAUGUAUCCUUAUCGAACCGCGUCUAUCAUUAUCCCAGCACGUUAGCCGGCCUCAUCUCGAAUCCAACGACAUAUCUUCCCACCAGCAGUGUCCCACGUUCAUUUAUUUCAUUUUUAACAAGAGAGUGAGGGCUGCAGGGCAUCCCGCAAGCUAGCAACCGGCCAUGCCCUCCCUCCUUGCAACCGCCUUCCAAAACACACUCCUUAAAGCCGGCGCCAACCUAACCGCCCAACUCGCCUCGCGAUGGCGAACACCACCCGGUAGCAUCCCCACGCCUCUAGACCUGCAGCGCAUUUUCGAGUUCGCCAUCUUCGGCUUCAUCGGUGCCAAUGUCGGGUACGCGUGGCACCAUUUUCUAGAACACAGCUUCCCCACGUGGACAGUCACUUUCAUCGCCAAACACUCAGAUGACGACCCGGAGUCGUUGCUCAAAUAUGAGGCCCCGCCGGUACCGGCAACGCAGAACGGCGAGUUAAAGGUCAGCUGGCGCAAUAUCUGGGCCAAGGUCGUUGUGGAUCAGACGGUGGGGUUGCCGGUCAUGAUUGCGAUUUUUCUGGUCAUUACGAACGUGGCGCGGUUGGCGACUUUCGCCAUGGUCUUGGAUGUCGUGAAGGAGAAGGAGUGGGGGUUGAUUAAGGCGGGGUGGACGAUUUGGCCGGCGGUUUGUGUGGUCAAUUUUUACUGGGUGCCCGUUAAGUCGAGGGUUAUUGUGGCUUCUUGUGUGGGGUUUGGGUGGAAUAUUUUUUUGAGUUUGGUUUCGAUGGCGAGGUGACGUUGGCGAUCUGGGUUGGGUAGCGGAGAAGGUGGUUUUGUUUGAUCUGGUCCCUAGGAAGGGGUUUUGCGAGUGGCUUUGCGGGUGGCUUUGCGAGUGGGAGUCAACUGGAUUGUAGGAUCAGGGUAUAGGAUAUGCACUUUAGAGUUACUGGCAGCUUGUACUCCUUUCAAUAUGCCACGAGGCAUGCUCAUUGGAUGUUCAUGUAGGUCUCAAGGCAAUAUUCUGCGAGGACCUAGCUCAGUAACAUGCCGAUAUGUUGGUAUGAGUUUUCGGCAAGGCUUUAUUCCCGGUGUCUAGGAGGACCUCAAUUGGACAGGUGUGAGCAGGUUUAGGAAGCUGCUAGCUCCAUAGUCGCAUGAUGAACACUUGGGAACUAAUAAGAACCCAAAGGCUCUGUUUGGCUCGUAAGGGAGUAGAAGAAUGAAAUAGAGUUAAUUAGAC